UGGGAAGAAUGCAGUGUCUGGGUACGGAUGCGUAUGUGAGAUUUUUCAGCGCUCAAUCAAAUCUCUUUUAGUUUUUACCCCCCUUUUCUUUUUAUUCCGGAUUUCAUCUGCACAGAGGAGAACAUCCACACAGUGGCAUUUGACGACAAAUGGCUAGAAACAUGUUGUUGCAGCGGCGCAGGACUGCAAUAGCCGCUGUGGGUUUCUGCAGACUUCUUCUGUUUGCGGGGCUUCUGACAGGUAACGCAUCGGCACAAGUUUUUGACAGUUUGGGAUUAUCUUACGCUUUGAGACCGGAACUUUCAGAGGAUGCAAUUUUGGUGGCGAACAAUGGAAUACGUGUGCCGUUCGGGAGACCAGUGUUUGUUGACCCCAUCAACGAUUUAGUCAUUCAAGUUCAGCCGGGAGAUAGAUGCAGCAUAACUGUUCUGGAUAAUGAUCCUUUGACACAGAGACCCGGACAGCUAUUCCCAAAGAAGUUUUCGUGUGAAUUUGGUCCAAACGACGUGAAGUACACGCAUUUCGGCUCGAGGAGCCCUUCGAAGGACAGGGUGAGAUUGCAGCUCAGGUAUGACACGCAAACUGAUACAAUUAUCAUACCGUUUAUGAUGGAGGUUGAGGUCGUUUUCACUCAGUUGGAGGUAUUAACCAGAAACAUGCCUCUCACAGUCGAAAAACUGCUUGGCACUAGUAAUCCCAUUGACAGAAAGAUUUUGGAGUUCACUUUUGAUAGAAAUGAACAGCAAUGCAAGAUAUCCUCAUUAGCUGCUGGCAGCCCCUUGCCCAGGUAUGGGAAACUUAUAGAUGAAGCUAAACUGGGAAAAAUGGUGGAUUGUGAUGAAUUUCUCAAGCUAAACAUACGCUACCAGCACACAUUCACGCACAGGUCUCCAAACAGAGAUUAUGUUCCAAUGAUUGUGGAAUUGCAGGACAAAGAGGGGAAUUUACUCAAGCAAGAGUUUUUCCAGAUUAUGGUGCGUAUAAGGGAGGGAGAGGAAAACACAGCCCCCAAGCCCAGUUUUGUGGCAAUGAUGAUGAUGGAAGUUGAUCAGUUUGUUAUGACUGCUAUAACCCCGGACAUGCUGGCCGCAGAGGACAUUGAAUCCAAUCCUGAUGAUUUAAUCUUUAAUAUCACCUCUCCUCUCUCCUUUGAGGAGGGCUACAUUGUGAGCACUGACGAUAGGAAUUUACCGAUCACAUCGUUUUAUCAAGGAGACCUCAAGGAUCUAAAAAUAGCCUAUAAGCCUCCCUCUGUGGACUCUGAUGUGGAGAGAAUUUUUCAGAUCGAGUUUGAGGUGGUGGACACAGAGGGGGCUGUCUCUGACCCCUUCGCUUUCAUGAUCGUGGUGAAGCCUAUGAACACCCUGGCCCCUGUGGUGACGAGAAACACAGGGCAGCUUUUGUACGAAGGUCAGUCCAGGCCGCUGUCCAGCAUGCACAACCUCGAGAUCAGCGAUGAGGACAAUUUAGACAACGUCAGAAUCACCGUUAUUGAUGGGCUGCGGCAUGGGGAACUCACUGUUCUGGGAUCAAGGAAGAAAUUCUUUACCCCGGCGGACCUUGAUGCUGGCGUUGUCAUCUAUCAGCAUGAUGGCAGCGAUACAUACAGCGACAACAUUAUUUUCCGGAUGACGGACGGCAAACAUGAAGUGGAAUUCCUGUUUCCUAUUACCGUUGUGCCAACAGACGAUGAGCCGCCCAUUAUAAAUGCCAACACCGGGCUGGUGCUGUUCAAGAAUCAGAUGAUGCCCAUUUCCCCUUUGAUGCUCAGUGCUGCAGACAUUGACUCUGAGGAUUCAACCAUUAAAUUUACAAUCGAACCUCCGUUUUCCACAAUUGGCGAGGUGCUGUUGCGCCAGUCUGAGGCACCAGAAGACCCAUCUACCUGGAAAUUCAAUGCAAACGAUGAGGUGUAUGAGAAAGUGGUUACAGAGUGGCUGCAACAGGAUAUUACUGAUGGGAAGCUUUUUUACAGACACGUAGGGCCCCACAGCACUGACACAGUCAUGGACCAGUUUGUGUUCCGAGUUCAGGAUGACAAUGACCCCCCCAACCUGUCAGGGGAGAGCACUUUUAUUAUCAAAGUUCUUCCCAUCGAUGACAUUCCACCUGAGCUCUUUCCUGGCACCACCCUGCAAAUGACUGUGCAUGAGUAUCAGCUGACCCACUUCCGAAAAAAAUUCCUCCGCUACACUGACUUGGACUCAGAGGACAGAGAUCUGAAAUACACCAUCAUCCAGCCACCAACUGACACUGAUGAAAAUAGCCCUGUCAUACUGGGAUCCAUUGUUUUAACAGAAAGCCCUGUGACUGAGGUUACUGAAUUUACCCAGGCACAAAUCAACCACCACAAAAUAACCUACAAGCCACCUGACCUGGAGCUGGGAAUCACUGCUCACGUGGUUCAGUUCCACUACACUGUUGAGGACACGUCUGGAAAUAGCGUGGAGGGAGUUUUCUCCAUAUUUCUGCAGCCUGUUGACAACAAACCUCCUCAGAUAACCAACACUGGCUUCACCGUCUUUGAACGGGGCACUCAUAUCAUUACAAGCUCUGAACUGGACACCACAGACGCUGACACUGACAGCAAGCAGAUAUCAUUCACUCUCACUCAGCCUCCACUUCACGGCCAGGUCCAGUACACGUUCACUGACAUGACCAAAGGGGAUUUCUUUAACCUUGACGAUGUUUCCAAUGGCAAAAUCUCCUACCUUCACAAUGGCGAUGAGUCAACAAGCGACACUUUUCAGCUGGACAUCAGCGACGGCAUCCAUGUCGUCACAAUCACAGUCAAGAUAACCGUGAAGCCCAUCGACGACGAACCACCAACGAUAAAUCUCCCGGUGGGCACAAUCGGUUCCCACAUAGAUGUCCUGGAAAACGGAGCCACGGAGAUUACGACUAAUGUCAUUCAGGGAAGGGACGAAGACACAGAUGACCUCAGGCUGACCUUCAUUGUGGAAGACGCCCCCAAUUUUGGUGAAAUUCUUGUGAAUGGUGUGCCUUCCUCAAGAUUCACCCAGGCAGACAUCAUCAAUGGGGUUGUGGUGUAUGCACACACGAGUGGAGAGGUUGGCCUCACCACAAAAGAGGACUUCUUUAAUCUGACCCUCACUGACAUGUCAGAUGAAUGGACUGUAGGGGGCAAUAAAGUGAAUGGGGUUCGAGUGCAGGUCACCAUCCUUCCAUUGGACAGCCAGGCACCAGAGGUCACGGUGGGGCUGCAGUUUAGUGUUGUUGAAGGAGAGAAAAAUGUCAUUGAAAUUCACCACAUAAGUGCUGAAGAUGUUGACACCCCUAUAGACGACCUCCUCUGCACAAUUAUAGUCCAGCCCACCUCCGGUUAUGUAGAGAACAUUUCACCUGCACCAGGCUCAGAGAAGUCCAGGUCAGGGACAGCCAUUAGUGCUUUCACCAUAAAAGACAUCAGACAAGGCCACAUAUAUUAUGUGCAAAGCAUUCACAAAGGAGUUGAGCCUGUGGAGGACAGGUUCACCUUUAGGUGCUCCGAUGGCAUUAACUUUUCCGAGAGACAUUUCUUCCCCAUCGUUAUAAUUCCCUCGAAUGAUGAAAAGCCAGAGAUCUACAUGAGGGAGUUUGUGGUGAUGGAAGGCAUGAACAUUGUCAUUGACACGCCUAUUUUGAACGGUGCAGAUGCAGAUAUCGCUGCAGAUGAACUGACGUUCAUUGUCACCAAACCCCCCAAGCAUGGAUUUAUCCUCAACCAGCUGACCACUGGCACAAUCCCAGUCACCAACUUCACUCUCGACCAGAUUAAAGAGGCCUCCAGCAUUGUUUAUGAGCAUGAUGACUCGGAGACCACAGAAGACAGCUUUAAUGUCCUUCUCACUGAUGGUAAAUUCACAGUGGAGAAAACUGUUAUCAUCAUGAUUAUUCCAGUAGAUGAUGAAACCCCCAGGAUGGCAAUAAAUGAUGGCCUAGAAAUUGAGAUAGGGGAAACAAAAAUCAUCAACAAUAAAGUUCUGAAAGCCACCGAUCUGGACUCUGAGGAUAGCACUCUAACCUACAUAAUUCGCUAUGGCCCUGGACAAGGCUUCUUACAAAGGAGAACACUUUUUGGAUUAUUAGAGAACAUCACAGUCGGAAUGAACUUCACACAGAGUGAGGUGGACCGGGAUCUUAUUGUGUACAUUCACAAUGGACAGGAGGGAAUUCGUGAUCUCAUUAAAUUUGAUGUCACCGACGGCCUCAACCCUCUCAUAGACAGGUACUUCUACAUCACCGUCGGCAGGAUCGACAUGGUGUUCCCUGACGUUGUCAGCAAAGGCGUUUCCCUGAAAGAGGGUGGGAGGGUGACCCUCACCACCGACCUGCUCAGCACCAGCGACUUGAACAGCCCAGAUGAGAACCUGGUGUUCACCAUCACCAGAGCUCCUGUGCGGGGGCACCUGGAAUGCACAGACACACCUGGCAUGCCCAUCACCACCUUCACACAGCUCCAACUGGCUGGCAACAAGAUCUACUACAUUCACACCUCGGACGACGAGGUGAAGAUGGACAGCUUUGAGUUCGAGGUCACUGACGGCUACAACCCCGUCUUUCGCACUUUCCGUGUCUCCAUCACGGACGUGGACAACAAGAAGCCCGUCCUGACGGUGCACGGCCUCGUGGUGAAUGAGGGCGAGAACAAGCUGAUCACCCCUUUCGAGCUGACGAUCGAGGACCGUGACACGGUCGACCGCCUCCUGAAGUUCACCAUCACCCAGGUGCCCGUUCAUGGCCAGCUGCUCUUUAACAAUACCCGGCCUGUCACCUCCUUCACCAAGCAGGACCUCAAUGAGAACAUGAUCAGCUACAAGCACGAUGGCACGGAGUCAACAGAGGACAGCUUCUCCUUCACCGUCACCGACGGCACCCACACCGACUUCUACGUGUUUCCUGACACCGUCUUUGAGACCCGCAAGCCGCAGAUGAUGAAGAUCACCAUUUUCUCGGUGGACAACGGGGUCCCGCAGAUUGUGGUCAAUAAGGGUGGCCCCACCCUGCGGAUCCUGUCGACCGGACACCUGGGGUUCAUGAUCACAAGCAAGACACUGAAGGCGGAAGACAGGGACAGCACCCAGGCCUCUGUGAAGUUCAAGAUUACAGUGGGACCGGAGCACGGCUACCUCAUCAACCUGGGCAAAGGCAAUGCUUCCAUCACAACGUUCACUCAAGCUGAUAUCGAUGACAUGAAGAUCUGCUAUGUGCUGAAGGAUGGAGACAAUGCCACAAGUGACAUCUUCUACUUCUCCAUUGAAGACAGUGGAGGCAACAAGCUGAAGAACCAGCAGUUCCGGCUGAACUGGGCCUGGAUCUCCCUGGAGAAGGAGUACUACGUGGUGGAUGAAGAGGCCAAGUUCCUGGAGGUGGUCCUGAGGCGCAGAGGGUACCUGGGGGAGACUUCUUUCGUGAGCAUCAGCACCAAAGAUGGCACAGCUGAGAAGGACAAGGACUUCCGGGGUAAGUCACAGAAACAGGUCCAGUUCAACCCAGGUCAAACCACAGCCACCUGGAAGGUGCGGAUCCUGUCGGACAGCGAGUACGAGCAGUCCGAGACCUUCCAGAUCAUCCUGUCCGAGCCGGUCAUGGGGGCGCUGGAGUUCCCUGAGGUGGCCACUGUGGAGAUCCUGGACCCAGCCGACGAGUCCACUGUCUUCAUUCCCUCGUCUACCUAUGCAAUUGAGGAGGACAUCGGUGAACUGCUGAUCCCUGUCCGCAGGAGCGGAGACGUCAGUCAGGAGCUCAUGGUCGUCUGUUACACCCAGCAAGCCACCGCCACGGGCACCAUCCCCACCACGGUGCUGUCCUACUCCGACUACAUCUCCCGGCCCGAGGAGCACACCAGCGUGCUGCGCUUCGACAAGGACGAGACAGAGAAACCCUGCCGGGUGGUCGUCAUCGACGACUCGCUCUACGAGGAGGAGGAGACCUUCAACGUCACCCUCAGCAUGCCCAUGGGUGGCCGCCUGGGCCAGGAGUACCCGUCUGCCAGAAUCACAAUCCUGCCCGACCUGGACGACGCGCCUGUCUUCUACUUCGGCGACACGGAGUACCACGUGGACGAGAGCGACGGCUUCGUGGAGGUGCGGGUGUGGAGGACGGGAACCGACCUCUCCAAAACCGCCACGGUCACGGUGCGGUCCCGCAAGACGGACCCUGUGUCAGCCGAAGCUGGGGUGGACUAUGUUGGAAUCAGCAGAAACCUGGAUUUCGCCCCCGGGGUGAACAUGCAGACCUUCCGCGUGACCAUCCUGGACGACCUGGGGCUGCCCGUCCUCGAGGGACCGGAGAGGUUUGAGCUGGUCCUCCGCAUGCCCAUGAAUGCCAUCCUGGGAGAGCCGGACAAGGCCACCAUUUUCAUCAAUGACUCCUUCUCAGACCUUCCCAAGGUCCAGUUCCGGGAUGCUAUGUACAUGGCCAAUGAGAAUGAGGGUCAGGUGUCAGCCAUGGUGUACCGCAGCGGUGACAUCAGCUACAAGUCCACGGUCCGCUGCUAUACCCGGCAGGGCUCUGCACAGGUCAUGAUGGACUUCAACGAGCGGCCCAACACAGACGCCUCCAUCAUCACCUUUCUGCCAGGGGAGGUGGAGAAGCCGUGCAUCCUGACACUUGUGGACGACUCUAUCCACGAGGAGGACGAGGAGCUGAGGCUGGUGCUGGGGAGCCCCAAGAGCGAGUCUCCGUUCGGCGCGUCCAUCGGGGCCCAGAACGAGACGCUCGUUAAGAUAAAAGACGACUCAGACAAGGCUAUCAUCAAGUUCGGGGAGACGAAGUUCAGCGUGAGUGAGCCGAAGGAGGCGGGGCAGGUGUCGGUGGUGAGAAUCCCGGUGCUCAGGGUGGGGGACACGUCCAAGGUGUCCGUCGUCCGUGUCCACACCAAGGAUGGAUCCGCCAACUCGGGGGAGGACUACCACCCUGUAUCCGAGGACAUUCAGUUCCGGGAGGGUGAAACUCAGCACUUUGUGGAGGUGGAGAUCCUGUUCGACGGCAUUCGAGAGAUGAGGGAGGCCUUCACCGUGCACCUGAAGCCAGACGAGAACAUGGUGGCCGAGACCCAGAUGAGUAAAGCCAUCAUCUACAUCGAGGAAACCAACAGCAUGGCGGACGUCACCUUUCCCUCCGUGCCCCAGGUGGUGUCACUGCUUCAGUAUGAUGACACGGGCAGGACCAAGGACACACCCCCUGCAGGCGGAUAUCCUGUCGUCUGUGUGACAGCCUGCAACCCCAAGUACUCGGACUACGACAAAACGGGCUCCAUCUGCUCCAGCGAGCACAUCAACGACACGCUGACCCGGUACCGCUGGCUGGUCAGCGCCCCCACAGGCCUGGACGGCGUCACCAGCCCCAUGCGGGAGGUGGACUUCAACACCUUCUUCACCUCCUCCAAGCUCAUCACCCUGGACUCCAUCUACUUCCAGGCCGGCUCGCGCGUCCAGUGCGCCGCCCGCGCCGUCAACUCCAACGGGGACGAGGGCCUGGAGCUCAGUAGCCCUAUCGUGUCCAUCAGCAUGGAGGAGGGCAUGUGCCAGCCUCGUAAAGUGGGCACGGUGGGCGCCGAGCCCUUCUCCGCCAAGCUGCGCUACACAGGACCAGAGGAUCCAGACCACCCCAACCUUAUCAAGCUGAUUAUCACAAUGCCGCACAUGGACGGGAUGUUGCCUGUCGUGUCCACUCGGCCUCUGUCCAACUUCGAGCUCACACUGAGCCCCGACGGGACCCGGGUGGGCAACCACCGCUGCUCGAACCUGCUGGACUUCAACGAAGUGAAGACCCGCUACGGCUUCCUGACCGACGCCACCAAGAACCCGGAGGUGAUCGGCGAGACUGCGCCCUACCAGUACAACACCCCCUUGAGGAGCUCCAGCACACUGCGCUUCUACAGGAACCUCAACCUGGAGGCCUGCCUGUGGGAGUUUGUCAGCUACUAUGACAUGUCUGAGCUGCUGACCGACUGCGGCGGCACCAUUGGCACCGAUGGGCAGGUGCUGAACCUGGUCCAGUCGUAUGUGACGCUGCGGGUUCCCCUCCAUGUGUCCUACGUGUUCCACUCCCCGGUGGGGGCAGGCGGCUGGCAGCACUUCGAUCUGCAGUCCGAGCUGCGCCUCACUUUCGUGUACGACACUGCCAUCUUGUGGAAGGACGGUGUCGGCAGUCCUCCAGAAGCAGAACUGCAAGGUGCUCUGUACCCGACCAGCAUGCGCAUUAAUGAGCAGGGCCGUCUGGUGGUCAACUUCCGCACCGAGGCCCGUUUCAGGGGUCUGUUUGUGACAUCGCAUUCCGCCUCCUCUCUGACCUCGAUGAUAAUGUGCCCGGAUCACCCGGGCCUGACCUUCAAUCUGACCUUGGUGAGGAGCGAGCCCACCUACAACCAGCCCAUGCAGCAGUGGACCUUCAUCUCAGACUUUGCUGUGAGAGACUACUCGGGCACAUACACAGUGAAGCUGAUCCCCUGUACAGCUGCUCCCAGCCUGGAGUACACUCUCCCUGUUGUCUGCAACCCCAGGGAACCUGUUACCUUUGACUUGGACAUCCGCUUCCAGCAGGUAAGUGACCCAGUGGCUGCCGAAUUCAGCCUGAACACCCAGAUGCUCCUGCUGUCCAAGAAGACACUCUGGCUGUCUGACGGUUCCAUGGGAUUUGGGCAGGAGAGCGACACAGCUUUCUCAGAGGGUGAUAUAAUCUAUGGUCGUGUGAUGGUGGACCCAGUGCAGAACCUUGGCCACUCCUUCAUCUGCAACAUUGAGAAGGUCUUCCUAUGCACCGGGGCUGACGGCUACGUCCCCAAAUACAACCCCACCAACUUCGAAUUCGGCUGUCUGGCCGAUUCACCGUCCCUGCUGUACAGGUUCAAGAUCAUCGACAAAGCUCAGCCUGAGACGCAGGGCAGGAAUUUUGGGGAUGUGGGCUUCAACGCUGUCCUGGCGGUGGAUGACCCAGAGGCCUUGCCCCUAGUGAGGCAGCCGGGCUCGGACGGGUUCCGACUGGAUUCCACAGCUUUGUUUCAGGUGUCAGCAGGGAGGGAAUGGUACAUCCACACCAUCUACACCGUUCGCUCCAGGGAUAACGCCAACAGGGGGAUUGGGAAGAGGAGCCUGGAAUACCAUUCGCUGGUGCAGGGCAGCGGCUUGACUCUGCCAGGUGGGUCUCGCUCCAAGAGGUCGGCCGAAGAGGUGCCGGACAUCGCCGAGGAGAUCGGCGCCGAGAACAACCGGGGCACCAACAUCCUGCACAUCGCCCUGGACCGCAGCCACCGGCGGCAGAGCCCCGAGAGGGAGGUGUUCGCCGACGGCAUCAUCCCGCGCGAGCUCAACGACCGCGACGGCGACGACGGCGCUGUGAUGAUCGCGGCCAUCCUGGUGGGGGUGCUGCUGACCGUCCUCAUCGUCGUGGUGGUCGCCUUGCUCAUGUGCGCCAAGAGGAAGGAGAAGAAGGAAGCCCCCAAGGUGUCGAGCAGCACUGAGCCGAUGAUGGCGCAAGGCUGCGGCGGCAACGACAGCUCAGAGGUCUGACAGCUGCAGACCCAGUGCCGUAAAACAGAGGUUCUGACAUGAGGUUCGUUCAAUUUGUAAGUGCCUCAGAUCUGUACAUCGGGACUGCUGGGGGGAGAUUUAACAGAACACAAGAGGGCAUUGGUUCCAUCUUCAGGUCGCCAAUUAUCUGAAAACUCGUGCUACUUGGGAAAAAAAAAACUGGCACUUCAACUGUCACUGAAAAACAACAGAAGCUCAAUCUCCCCGUCUAUAGCAGGUCACCCUAUUUGAACCUAGGCGCUUGAUUUAAAAUGGUUUGAUGUUUGUCUUUCCAAAGGACUGUUUUAAUUUAUCCAAAGGUGCUAGAGAUCCCCUCUUGUUUGGGUUGGGGAUGUCUGAGAUUAAGGAUCAAUGAGAAAUGAUUAGAUGUACUGGGUCAAUGGAAAGGAUGGGAUUUUUUACAGGCCAUUUUGGUAGUGUCCAUGUAUUAUUUAUACUGCAAGAACUCACGGUUUUUUUUACUGUAAGUGCACUUCAUAAUGUUGUCAACCUUAGAUAUCAAGAUUUCAAAUUGUGCGUCCAUGUAGGUUAUUCAUUUUCCGAUUCCAUUGCCUAUUUCUCUUCACACUUUCAAACAAUGCAGAUUAAACUU